AACUAACCAAGUCAGUCUAAUGCGAUGACAUUGUCGAGUGCAUCUAACGUGUCAACCGGAUUUCCCACAAACCAAAUCCAUUUGAUUGCACGUCCUCGUGAGCGAAACCCGGUUUAAGACAGCGCAGAGGGUUUUCCCCUCCGUCCCGUCCCUCAAACGGCUCCCUCGUCAGGUCUCCCCGGGAUCCGCGUUUUGCAUCGCUCCUCUAUUUACAUCUCUCCCUCACAUUUUCCGCGCAGAGGGCGCAACCACCACGACUCUCCAUCACCCAACUAACACGGUUCGUCUUCUUUUUCGUCACUGGAUUUUCAAUAAUGUUGGCCAAACUGCACAACUGGAUGAUUUGAGGACAUUUCCACCGUGUCUCCUACCUGACGCACACACGUGCGUUGCGGGUAAACAACAAAAGGGCUCGAUCGUGUCUGCGCCGUUUGUUGUUGUUGUUUUUUCUAUCCCCUCUUCUUCUUGUUCAUUUUGUUUAUCGGAAAUAUUUUUUUCAACGUUUUCUGCUUGGAGCUUCGCGUUUAGUGCGCCUCGGGAUUUUUUUUAGUUUAGUUUUUUUUUUUUUUUUUUUUUUUUUUGCGCAAAGACGCAUCUGGAAAUGUCGGAAGUGCUUCCUUUCAACGAAGAGAAAAUGAGUCAUUAUGGAGAUGAGGGCGACGAGGGACACCUUUCCUUCACUUGUCGCCUUCAAGACACCAACAACUUCUUCAAUGGCUCGCAGAAUAAACGUCCGCCGAAGCUGGGACAAAUAGGCCGGAGCAAACGGGUUGUGAUCGAAGACGAGGCCGGCGACGACGCGCUAAAAAAUGGAACAGAGAAGACCCCGGCGGACGCUUAGAGGCCCUCCAGAAAGACACUCUUUGAUUUUUUUUUUUUUUUUUUAAUAUAUUUACCAGAUGUAAUCCAAAGACAUUGUAUAUAAGCACUUUGUUUCCCGGGGCAGCAAGCAGCACUUCCAAACACCCUCCUCUUCAAGAUGGCCGUCUGGGUGAGGCAGCAAGAGACUCUAAAAGAAGGGGUUUUGCCAUAAUUUCAAGAGCUGGAAAAACGAUAGCGAAAAAUCAGGGAGAGGAUGCAGAAAUGAAUUUUCAAUAAAAACAAAAGCACACGUUUCUGCUAGAAGUAUAUAAAUCAGGGGUGUCAAAUUGUUCUGUUGUCGCUCGUUCAUACUGUACAUACGAAAAGCACAUGCUUUUAUUUUGACGUCGGCAAAUUCGUUCCCUCACAGUCAAAACUGGGCUUGGACGUCAAGCGCCAUCGAUGGCGGCCGAUGAGUUGAGCUAAAAAUGCCUCAAAAUCAACAGGAAGUAACCAUUAAAGUGCCCUAAAAUCAACAGGAAAUGAUCCAGAAUUUACAGGAAGUGACCUGUAAGUAUCUUAAAAUGACGUGGAAGUGACUCGAAAUGAAGUCGUGGCCUGCCAUUGACGACGAUAGACAUCCAAUUUACCUUUACUGGAAGGAUUGGCUUUGACACCCCUGCUUCAAAUGAUAUGUAAACAGUGUUGCCAGAUUGGUUUUUGAUUGGUUUUAACAGUUGUGUGUCUAUAUGUUGGAAGUUCAGACACUUUGCUCUCAUUGUAUCUGGCAUUUUAGCGCCUCACAGUGCACGGAGCUGUGAACUGCGUGCCGUUUCCGAUAACAUUUUAAUUUUAAAUACUAAUUUGUGUCACCUUUUCCCCAUUUUUUUUUGUAGAUUUGCUUUUGACACCAAUCUGAAUAGUAUUAUUUUACCCAGAAUGCACUUUGAAUCGGCCGUAGAAAAUAUUGUCAAAGUUCGACAGUGAUUUCAAUGGACAAACAUGUAUUUGACGAUUGAUAAUGAAUACUCAUAUCAUGAUUGUUUAUUUAAAUGAACAUAACACAAUAAUAAUACCAGCUUACUUAUUAUGCUUUCUCCCAUAACGAGCCCUCUACCAUGUCUUCCGCUGAUGAUUUUUUAAACAUUUCUGGUAAUAAUAUCAAAAUGACAGAAGUGUACUGCUGCCACUCAAUACAAAACAAAACAAAAAAAAAAGUUCAGUAUCACAUUAUAAUGUAAAAACUUGAUAACCAUCAUGUAAAAACGUUCUAAUUAUAUAAAAAUGUAAUACUAUCAUGUAAGAACGUGGUCAUUAUCAUGUAAAAACGUGGAUUUUAUGUAAAAUCAUGCUUAUGAUCAUGUAAAUACAUGGUAACUAUAAUGUAAAAACCUGAUAACAAUCAUAUAAAAACAUGAUAGUUGUCAUGUCAUCACAUGAUAAUAAUCAUAUAAACAUGUGAAAACUAUCAUGUAAUACAUGAUAAUUAUCAUAUAAAAAUGUGAAAACUAUCAUGUAAUACAUGAUACUUAUCAUGUAAAAAUGUGAUAAUGAAUUUAAAACGUAAUAAUUAUGUAAAAAAAACAACCUAAUACUAUCAUGGAAGAACGUGUAAAAACGUGAUGACUAUCAUUUUAAAACGAGAUCAUUAUCAUGUAAAAACAUUAUAGUAAUAAAAAAUGUGAAAACGUUUAUGUAAUACAUGACAAUUAUGUAAAAAUGUGAUAAUGAUCUAAAAUGUUAUAACUAUGUAAAAACGUGAUAUCAUCAUGUAAUGUAAGAACAUGGUAAUUAUCAUGUAAAAACGUGGUAUGUAUCAUGUAAUAACGUGGUAAUUAUUAUGUAAAAACAUGAUUAUUAUCAAGUAAAGAUAUAACUGUAAAAACGUCAUAAUUAUGAUGUAAUAACGUUAUAAUAAUCAUAAUAAUGUGAAAAAUAUCAUGUAAUACAUGAUAAUUAUCAUGUAAGAAUGUGCUAUCACUUUUUCACAUGAUAGCUAUCACAUUUUCACAUAAUAGCUAUCAGGUUUUCACAUGAUAGUUAUCACGUUUUACAUGAUAGUUAUCAUGUUUUUACAAGAUAGUUAUCACAUUUUCACAUGCUAAUUUUCACAUUUUCAUAUGAUAAAUAUAACAUUUUUACAUGAUAUAUCACGUUUUUAAUGAUACAUUUUCCCAUAAUGCUAUCAUGUUUUCACAUGAUAGUUAUCAUGUUUUCACAUGAUAGUAUCACAUUUUCACAUAAUAGCUGUUACAUUUUAACAUGGAAGUUUUCACGUUUUUACAUGAUAAAUAUCUCGUUAUCACGUUAUCACUCAGAUAGUUGUCAUGUUCUUACAAGAUAGGUAUCAGGUUUUUACAUGAUUGUUGUCACGUUUCUACAUGAUAGUAUUCACAUUUUCACAUGAUAGCUCUCUUUUUCACGUGAUAGCUGUCACAUUUUUUUACAUGAUAGUUGUCACGAUUUUACAUGAAUGUUACCAUGCUUUCACAUGGUAGCUGUCAUGUUUUCACUUGACCUUCACGUUUUUACAUGAUAGUUUUUACAUUUUAAAUGAUAGUUAUCACAUUUUUACAUGUUAAUUAUCACGAUUUUACAUGAUAGUUAUCCCGUUUUUACAUGAUUGCUCUCAAGUCUUGACAUGUUAGCUAUUACGUUUUCACAUGAAAGUGAUCAAGUUUUUACAUGAUCGUUAUCAUGUUAUCACAUGAUAGUUACAUUUUUAAUGAUAGUUAUCAAGUUUUCACAUGAUAGCUAUCAUGUUUUUACAUGAUAAUUAUCACAUUUUUACAUGCUAGUUUUCAUGUUUUCACAUGAUAGUUAUCCAGUUUUCAUAUGAUAAUUAUCACACUUUUACAUGAUAUUGAUCACGUUUCACAUGAUAGCUGUCCCGUUUUUACAUGGUAGUUUUCACAUUUUUACAUGAAAGUUUUUUUGUUUUUUUUAACAGUUUAUGAUAGUUUUCACGUUUUUUCAUGAUAAUUUUCAUGUCAUGUUUUUUUGUGUGUGGCAGUAAUACGCUUCCAUACAAAAUAUAGAUUGCAUUGUAUAAGGGAAACGUCGAAUCUUGAACUGGAAACAGCCUUUCCCAUCUGGCAACCCUGUCUAUAUAAUUACUCUAUGUUUGUACAUAGGAAAUUGCACAAUUUUGCUAUUUAUUUGUCUUCAUUUGGGGGGGGGGGGACAUUGUGUUUUGCAGUGAAUUUACACCCGUUUGUUGUUUUUGUAUGUGGAACUUAAUUCUCGAUGUUGCCUGUUUUUGUUUGUAAUUUGUUUUUUUUAAAUCUAUUUUGCAGCUGAUGUUAUUUACUGUAUUAUUGAUGAGCUUUUGGGCUUGAUAUGACUGUACACACCCUAUUGAUCAAAUAUUUAUAUUGCAUUGUGCAUCAUUGUGUGUGUGCGUGUGUGUGCCAAACCUCAAGAGGUAUAUACACUAAGCUGCACUGGACCAAGCUGUUUAUUUUUUGUGCUUUUAAAUGGACUCCUGUUUGUUGUUGUUUUUUAGGGCUAACACUUACUACCAACUCAUGCAUGGCGAAUUUGAAAAUCAUGCAUGCCCAGCAGCAGAACUUCUGAAACUCAUGUGUAUUCUUGAAGCACCUCGUGAAACAGCUUUGAAUGACUUAACCUCAAGCAACAGUCUCCAUGCUGUACUGUAUCACUUACUUGUACAGUGGCCUCAUAUCUUGUAAUAAAGGUGAUAAUGAAAUAUUUACUGUUUUAAUGAACGGUGAGGUGGAUUUUUUUUUUUAAUGUUUACAAGUGUAGCAAAAACAGAAAAGUCUAGUUUUAUAUGAUGAGGCGACACAGACUUCAGAUGAGUUGCUUGUACUGUUGAUAUGAAGUUUUGUUUUCCACUGUGAAAAAGUAGCAUCACGUUCCUGUGAACGAUCUGAAGGCGUGGAGAGCGGGAUGAGAAUGAGUAAACAAUAAAGAGGAAUUAAAAACACUGUUUUAGGCUUUGUUUUUAAAUGUGGAUAUUGGGUUGCAAAUGGCAACUAGAAAAUUGUGAUUGUGAA